AUGAAGGAGAGCACCAGUGCAGACCUCUGGGUCCUUCUACACCCAAACCCUCAGCUGGUCCUUCUCUACACCAAGACCCACCUUUCCAACGACACCCAAACCCACCACCCCUCCGAGUGCGUAUUUCCAAAAUUCAUCUGUCCUCCUGAUUCUGAGUACAUCGACUGUGGUCCAGCUUGUAUCCCCAGCUGUCAGGAACCUUCCACCAAUUGCUCGGGCUCCUGCAUCAGCGGCUGCUUCUGCAAACCUGGAUAUGUCUUCAAGGGCCGGAGGUGUGUGCCCCUGGACAAGUGCGGCUGUCUGGACCACGACAACAACUACUAUGAGCCUGGUGAGGUGGUGUUUGGAGACGGCUGCUCCCAGCUCUGUCGCUGUGUUGGGAACUACACUCUGGAAUGUGUGGAUAACUCCUGCGAUCCAACUGAGGAGUGUCGGGAGGUCAGCGGCGUGCCAGGAUGUUAUCCGAAAGUGACCUGUACCUUUGGUCCUCCGGCGCCCCCUGUGCUGCUCUGUGUAGAACUUCAUCUGGUUGUCGUCUUCUGGUUCAGAGCCAGACUCUCCUUGUGGUCCGAACACGCCUCCGACUACGACAACACACACAGAACCGCAGAGGUCGAGCGGUUUGGCUCCGGGGCCCGACUCUCGCUCCAGAACCAGAGUCUGGCUCCGGGGCCCGACUCUCGCUCCAGAACCAGAGUCUGGCUCCGGGGCCCGACUCUCACUCCAGAACCAGAGUCUGGCUCCGGGGCCCGACUCUCGCUCCAGAACCAGAGUCUGGCUCCGGGGCCCGACUCUCGCUCCAGAACCAGAGUCUGGCUCCGGGGCCCGACUCUCGCUCCAGAACCAGAGUCUGGCUCCGGGGCCCGACUCUCGCUCCGGAACCAGAGUCUGGCUCCGGGGCCCGACUCUCGCUCCGGAACCAGAAGUAACGAGGCUCAGAGUAACGAGGCUCAGAGUAACGAGGCUCCGAGUAACGAGGCUCCGAGUAACGAGGCUCCGAGUAACGAGGCUCCGAGUAACGAGGCUCAGAGUAACGAGGCUCAGAGAAACGAGGCUCAGAGUAACGAGCCUCAGAGUAACGAGGCUCCGAAGGCUCCGAGUAACGAGGCUCAGAGUAACGAGGCUCCGUGUAACGAGGCUCAGAGUAACGAAGCUCAGAGUAACGAGGCUCAGAGUAACGAGGCUCAGAGAAACGAGGCUCAGAGUAACGAGCCUCAGAGUAACGAGGCUCCGAAGGCUCAGAGUAACGAGGCUCAGAGUAACGAGGCUCCGAGUAACGAGGCUCCGAGUAACGAGGCUCCGAGUAACGAGGCUCCGAGUAACGAGGCUCAGAGAAACGGCUCCGAUAAAGAGGCUCAGAGUAACGAGGCUCCGAGUAACGAGGCUCAGAGUAACGAGGCUCAGAGUAACGAGGCUCAGAGUAACGAGGCUCCGAGUAACGAGGCUCAGAGUAACGAGGCUCAGAGUAACGAGGCUCAGAGUAACGAGGCUCCGAGUAACGAGGCUCCGAGUAACGAGGCUCCGAGUAACGAGGCUCCGAGUAACGAGGCUCCGAGUAACGAGGCUCAGAGUAACGAGGCUCCGAAGGCUCCGAGUAACGAGGCUCCGAGUAACGAGGCUCCGAGUAACGAGGCUCCGAGUAACGAGGCUCCGAGUAACGAGGCUCAGAGUAACGAGGCUCCGAAGGCUCCGAGUAACGAGGCUCAGAGGCUCCGAGUAACGAGGCUCAGAGGCUUCGAGAAACGAGGCUCAGAGAAACGAGGCUCAGAGAAACGAGGCUCAGAGUAUGAGGCUCAGAGUAACGAGGCUCAGAGUAUGAGGCUCAGAGUAACGAGCCUCAGAGUAACGAGGCUCAGAAGUAACGAGGCUCAGAGUAACGAGCCUCAGAGUAACGAGCCUCAGAGUAACGAGCCUCAGAGUAACGAGCCUCAGAGUAACGAGCCUCAGAGUAACGAGCCUCAGAGUAACGAGCCUCAGAGUAACGAGGCUCCGAGCGAACAGAAGGAGCAGAGUGUGAACAGAAGGAGCAGAGUGAAAGUUUCUCUGAUGUGA